AUGAAUCCUCAGUGUUCGAAAUGUAAAGCAGCAAUUAGGAAAUAUAACUAUUCAGUAAAAGAGAUAGAAAGAAUGAGAAACGAUUACGCAGACUUAAAGAAAGCAGCAGAGAAGCCGGUAGAAAAUAAAAUGAACAUGUUAGAAUUUCUGAAUAAAAACUAUCCCACAGCCGAUGAUUUCCUUUUAUCUGAUGUCAAGAAGAAGUAUAAAGAAACCUUCGGCAUUGUUAAAACUUUUGAUAUAUUAACUGAAGAAAUAGAAGCUACAAAAUUAUUCAGAAUUUCACGAAUUCAUAACGUAUAUCAUGUGAAACGUUUAUAA